AUGAGUGACGAAGAUAUUCCUAUUGAGAGUAGCAAUAACGAGGAUCCAGAGGAUGACGAAGUCGUUUUAGAUGACGCAGACAAUAUGGAUAUUCAAGUUCCUGAAGCAGAAAACUAUCAAGUGCAAGUUGUUCAAAACGUAGAACCAAAAGAUGAAGUUUUGACGGAACUUAAAGAAAAAUAUAAACCAUCCAAUGCUGGUGAACUUAGAUUAAUCCAGGACUUGAAAUCAAUUAAAUCAAUGCCUGCUAAGGAUCUUGGAUUUAGUGCUGAGCCAUAUCAAGGACACCUCUCUACAUGGGAAAUUCAUUUGUUCGGUUUUGAACCAAAGGAUUCAAUUUAUCCAGAUAUCCAAAAAUACAAGCAAUUGACAGGAAGAGACUAUGUCCAAUUUAUGGUUCAUUUCCCACCUGAUUACCCUAUUAGACCACCUUUUGUUCGUGUCGUUCAGCCACGUUUCAAAUUUCACACUGGUAGAGUUACGAUAGGCGGAUCAAUCUGCGCAGAUAUACUUACAAUGAACGGAUGGAAUCCAUCUUACGAUGUUUCCUCCUGCUUCUCAAAUAUUUUUGCAGAGAUUUUCUCUCAGAAUCCACAGAUUGAUUUUUUAAACAUGACUCCAUACUCUAAAGAAGAAGCUUAUAACGCAUAUAUUCGCGUCGCUAGAGAACAUGGAUGGAAACCAUCAGAUUUCUCUCCCAAAUAA